GGUUUCUUCGGAGACGUCGCGAGAAUCGCCGAACUUUGAACGGUAUCCAAAUUCGGAGACAAACAACUAGAGGGGUAUAAAUACCAGCGAGUGGGACGAGCGAACUAGAGGCUCGGGAGUGGGGAGGCGUCUGUUGAGCGUCGCAGCGGCGCGGCAACGUCCAGCCAUGUGGGCUGGGCUAGGGCUAGCUCUGAUCCUCUGUCUCCUCCCAGGAGGAGGAACAGAGCAUCUGGGUCAUUGUAAAGAACCUCCAGAAUGGAACAUUGGGGAAGAAAAUCCCAUGAUGAACUCAAGAGGGUCGGUGACAGUGGUUGCUCUACUCCAGGCUAGCUGAUACCUGUGCAUUUUGCAGGCUUCCAGACUUGGAGACCUGCAAUUGAAGCUGGCAAGUAAUGGAAUGGUCAAUAUCUCCUUCAUUGUGGUCAAUCACCAAGGAAACUCUUCCCAGCUGAAGUACCAACUUCUAAGAGAAAAAGUUCCAGAAGACAUUCCUGUAUACCAACAGAAUGCAACAGAACUUGAUGUCUGGACUACUUUAAGAGGCAAAAAAGAUGAUUUCCUGAUUUACGACAGGUGUGGCCGUCUCGUUUAUCACCUUGGCUUACCUGUUUCUUUCCUGAGUUUUCCAUUUGUAGAGAAAGCUAUUCAGAUCACCUAUUGUAAAGAAACUUGUGGAAAUUGCUCAUACACAACAUCUGAAAUUGAAGAAAUAUGUAAAAGAAUCUGGGAGAAUCCAGAAGAAAAGCAAAUCGAGGCAGCUUCUUCUGCCUCACAGUUGUCUCCCAGUGAGCAUCCCCAUCCUCAUCACCCUCAUCAUCAUCAUGGACAUCAUCCUCAUCCUCAUCACCAUCCUCAGGGACAUCAUCACAAAGGGGAUCAUCAACAUUUGAUAGCAAUAAACAAUCAGCGUAACCGCAGAGUGUUGGGCCAGGAACCUGCAGAAGCUGCCUUUCUAGCAGCAGAUGUAGAAGUUCCUUUGCAAAGAAACAGGCUCUGACAAAGGGGGAAUGGCAUCUGCAAGCACCAGUUAAGCUGAAACUGGCAGCACUUGACAGGACCUGUUUCCAGUAGCUGAUGCUGACACUGUCGCCACUUGUUGUUUGAAGAACAGCAAAGCACAGUUUCCUGACAUUGUCGUGGAGAGCUCCCAUCUUCCUGAAGGUGACAAGGGCAGCUGUUGGCAGACAACAUAGCUGAGUCUUGACAGUGACGUCUGCCAACAGCUGCUUGACUGUUACCAGCAGCAAGAAGGGGUGAAACCUGACAGUGAGCUGGGCUGGACAACUGAGCUUGAGGAACAGUCUAAACACCUAGGGAAGAUUGCAGACUUUGGAAUGCAUUCCAUAAUAAUUUGAAAUUGGUCCUACUAUUUCUGCCAAAGUUAUUGGAAACCCUUGCUAUAGGUGGCCAAAAGGCAUUAAAGCAGAGGAAUGCAUUUCAGCAGUAAUCUUCCUGGCACACGUACCAUUAUGUGAAUUAUUGGGGAGGAAAGAAAAACAAUCUUUACACCUGCCAGUUAAGCAAGAGUUCUUGCAUUUCAGCUGUAUUUGUUCAGUUGUAGUUACGUGCUCUGAUUUUACUGAUUCAGAAUACAGUCCUUGUCAUCUGAUUUUGCCUUAAACAGUAAGAACAAAACUUUCCCAUAAUGGUAUAGAAUUGUUUCUCAGUGCCAGUUCCAAGUGUCUGUGGUGUUUGUUAGCUUGUCUUUUUGAUUUCCUCUUCUACCAUUCUGUUUGCAUUCAUGAAAACAGGAGCCAAAACUAUGACCUAGGGGCUUUUGUUGGAUACGGAGCAAAUCAGAACAGGAGAGGAUAAGAAAAGAUUUGCUAACUAUGUUUUACAAUUAUAGGUUAAGACCAGGUGAAUAGAUGAAAAUGUUUUUCUCCCAAACUCUAAAACCAUUUAAGAUAAUUGUAUAGAAUUCUGCGCAUAAUAUUCUAACCAGAUAUUUUCAUCAAGAAGUCUGCAGAAUUCACUAGUCUAACAUCAGAUUUAAUGUUAUAAGUUGUGAGUCCUAUAAUAAGACCUAUUAAAAUCAAUUUCUGCGUUUCUCAAACUAUUCACUCUCACAGUUCGUUUGAAAUUUGGGAUAACAGUCUUUCAAAACAUGAAGUGAGAGUGAUGGGAUGGGAUGAAACGAAUACUAAUUUCAAUUUCGUAAGUAUCUGGUCAUAAAAUUUAAGAUCUACACUUAACCAUCUUUUCUGCUAACCAGUGAUUUGGACAGUCUUGUAUAGGAGGCAUGUUUAUAUAAUAUCUAUUUUUAUGUAGCAAAAUAAUACCUGUUUCUGAAAUUAACUGAAUUUUUGCAAGUUCUAGAGCGGAAAGAAAACGUUCAAUAGAGGGAAACUCUUUAGGAUUGUGUUUGUCAUAAUUCAUGAUGGUUUGGAUAGGGAAAUCGUACCCCUAUAAAACCUGAAUUCUUUUAUGGUGAAUGCUUGCAAGAGGGAAAGUAGUUCAGUGUACACAACUGGAGAGCUUGCAGAUGGAGAAACAAUACGUUUUAAUAAAUAAAAGUAUCCAUAAAUUCAA